GAACUCGAAAUAUAAUCCUGGAUAGCCGGGACCAGCAGUAUGUGGCCGGGCUCGGAGCGAGGAAGCUCACGGGCCUUGGAACUGCCGACCAGUCAGCAAAACGCCGGCGGUAGUAGUCAACAGGAAACGCUGGCGGACAUCGAGCACAUAUCCACCAUAGCCGGCUCCUUGGCGUCCAUUGGCUCCAUUUCGCACACCCAGAUGCGAUACCAAUGUACCAACGACGCCGGCUAUGAGACGGAGCACACCUCCCUGAACUCCGACUUUGAUGAGGCUGAACUGCGAAGGGAGUUGCUCAGAGAUAAAUGGAAGCUUCUCUUUGAUAUGUUCGAUCCCGAAGGAUUUGGAGAGAUCUCAGUUACAGAAUUCCUGGUGGCCCUCAAGUCGCCGGAGUUCCUGUCCCAAGUGCCUAUGAACAAGCGGGAGCUGCUGCUGGAGCGGGCCAAGAAGGCGCAGCUGCCCACCGGACCCGGCUACGUGACGUUCCAGGACUUUGUGAAUGUGAUGAGCGGCAAGCGGACCCGGAGCUUUAAAUGCGCCGUACACCACCGGGAUAGAGAAGUCUGCUCCGAAAACGAUUUUCAAUUGGUGCUCCACGAACCGCCCCUGUUCCGGAAAAUGGUUCAUGCCGUGGCCAUGGAGAUCCUGCCCGAGGAGCGGGAUCGCAAGUACUAUGCCGAUCGCUACACCUGCUGUCCGCCGCCGUUCUUCAUAAUCCUCGUCACAAUGGUGGAGCUCGGAUUUUUUGUCUACCACACGAUGGUCACUGGUGAGGCUGCUGCAAGAGGGCCCAUUCCAUCGGACUCGAUGUUCAUAUACCGUCCCGACAAGCGCCAUGAGAUCUGGCGCUUUCUGUUCUACAUGGUGCUCCACGCAGGAUGGCUCCACCUCGGCUUCAAUGUGGCCGUCCAGUUGGUGUUUGGCCUGCCGCUGGAAAUGGUCCACGGCUCCACGAGGAUUGCCUGCAUCUACUUCUCUGGAGUGCUUGCCGGAAGUCUGGGCACCAGCAUUUUCGAUCCGGAGGUCUUUCUGGUAGGAGCCAGCGGAGGAGUUUAUGCCUUACUGGCUGCACAUCUGGCGAACGUUUUGCUUAACUACCACCAGAUGCGCUACGGGGUCAUAAGAUUGCUUCACAUUUUGAUUUUCGUUUCCUUCGACUUUGGGUUCGCUAUAUAUGCACGCUACGCUGGUGAAGAUCUGCCACUCGGAUCUUCCAGUGAGUUUCCCAACAUCGACCAGGUUGAAGGACCGGCAGCAGUCUCGUUUGUGGCCCACUUGGCUGGAGCCAUAGCUGGGCUGACGAUCGGGCUGCUUGUACUGAAAAGCUUCGAGCAGAAGCUGCAUGAGCAGCUGCUCUGGUGGAUCGCCUUGGGGACAUACUCAGCUCUGGUGGUGUUCGCCAUUGCCUUCAACAUCCUCAACGGAUUCGCCCUGUUGAGCACUCGUGUGGAAAAAAUCCGGGUUACAGAGACCUACUACAACGACUUUCAGGUGUAACAUCCCAGGCGGAUCUGUUCCAAUAUCUGGAACAACAUUAUUAGUUUAUUAUUAUUAGCUUUGUCUUGAAUUAAUUUGCUUGAAUUUUGUUCGUUGCGUUCGUUGAAUUUUUAUUGUUUUCGGACGUCGAUUAAGUUUCCCGUUUAUUGUUUUGUUAGCUCUGUAUCUGUAAAUCAGGUAUAUAGAAGUAUCUUUAAAUGCUUACGUGUAAUUGGCGUAAAUAAUUUUGUUUUGUUUGCUAGCUAGGUGUAAGCAAUAAGAAUUGCACGAGAAUAUUUACAACAAAUCGAACUGAUUAGGUGUAACAUACUGCUCAAGGAUUACAACUUUUUCCAAGUGGAUAAGCAUUCGUUGAAUGCGGAACCAUAAGACUUUAUAGGACCUAAGAAUAAAUCUACAGACGCUGUAAAAUACGAUAAAUAUACGUACGCUUCUAUAGGCUAUAUGGAAACCGA